CAGUAGUGUCCAAGAUGGCGACGCCCAUGUAAGCGGAAGUUGCUGCAGGCGUUUUUCGUUGCAUGUUUAGACAUUUCGCUGAAGCCAACAAUGCUCCUGUCUUCGUGCAUCAAGCUGUUCUUCGUCCUGAAUAUUUUCCUGACCGUGUCGUUGGCGUUCGAGCCUAUAACAACGGGGCUAGCGGUCGGGGUCGGAGUUACAGCGUCUGCGCUCCUGGCUGGGUUCAACCACUUCAAAUGUAACGUCGUUGAAUGUUGUGACAGUAAUUGGUUCAUUCCCAACAUAACAGGACUGCGUUCAUCACUCCAAGACAAACUCCAUGGACAACAUUUAGUAGUGGAUACCGUCGCCAAGGCUGUUAAGGGCCACAUCCGCAACAAGAACCCCAGCAAGGCUCUGGUGCUGUCCUUCCAUGGAUGGACAGGUGGAGGGAAGAACUUUGUGAGUAAGAUGAUAGCUGAGAACCUGUUUGUGAAGGGGAUGCAGAGCAGACAUGUGCACCUGUUUGUGGCCACACUUCACUUCCCACACAAGGACAAGGUGGAGACCUACAAGGACCAGCUAAGAGAGUGGAUCAAAGGGAACACCUCAGACUGUCCUCACUCCAUCUUUGUGUUUGAUGAGAUGGACAAACUACCCGAGGGUCUACUGGACGCCAUCAAACCUUACAUCGACCACUAUCCAGAGAUCAAUGGGGUGGACUACAGGAAAACCAUCUUCAUAUUACUCAGCAACACAGCAGGAAAUAGUAUCACACACAAGACGUUACAGCACUGGCACGAGGGGAGGAAGAGAGAGGAGAUCUCACUAAAGGAGAUGGACCAGCUCAUUCUGAAAGGAUCCUUCAAUGAGAAAGGAGGGCUGUGGCACAGCAGUCUGAUAGAGAAGAACCUGAUAGAUGUGUUCAUCCCAUUUCUACCGCUGGAGAGACAGCAUGUCAAACUGUGUAUCAGGGAUGACCUACAGGCUAAGGGCCACCCCGUGACAGAAGAUAUAGUGACAAAGAUUGCCGAUGAGCUACAGUAUUUCCCUGAUAGCGAGCAGCUGUACUCCAAGUCUGGCUGUAAGAGGGUGUCCCAGAAAGUAGACCUCAUCAUGGAGGAAGUCUCACAGACCGUAGAGGAGAUCAAGAGAUGAUACAACAUUUAUGUCCAG